AUGCCCAGGGAAAUCAUCACAAUCCAAGCCGGGCAGUGCGGCAACAGCAUCGGAAGCCAGUUCUGGCAGCAACUCUGUCAGGAACACGGCAUCAGCCAAGACGGAAACCUCGAAGAUUUUGCGACCGAGGGCGGCGACCGCAAAGAUGUCUUCUACUACCAGAGCGACGACACGCGAUACAUCCCCCGAGCCAUCUUGAUUGAUCUGGAACCGAGGGUCCUCAACGGAAUCCAGACGGGGCCUUACAGGAACAUCUACAACCCCGAGAACUUUUACGUGGGAAAGGAUGGCAUGGGUGCGGCCAACAACUGGGGUGACGGUUACCAGAGCGGCGAGGCGGUGUAUGAAGACAUUAUGGAGAUGAUUGACCGGGAAGCUGAUGGCAGUGACUCCCUCGAGGGCUUCAUGAUGCUUCACUCCAUUGCUGGUGGUACUGGCUCCGGUCUCGGCUCGUUCCUCCUUGAGAAACUCAACGACCGCUUUCCCAAGAAGAUUAUCCAGACCUACUCGGUCUUUCCUGACACGACCAACGCCGGCGAUGUCGUCGUCCAUCCCUACAACAGUGUUCUCUCCAUGAGACGGUUGACGCAGCACGCCGACUCGGUUGUCGUGCUUGACAAUGGUGCGCUGUCGCACAUUGCCGCUGACAGGCUGCAUGUUCAAGAGCCAUCUUUCCAGCAGACGAACCAGCUAGUUGCCACUGUCAUGUCGGCCAGCACAACGACUCUACGAUACCCCGGCUACAUGCACAACGAUCUCGUCAGCAUCCUCGCCUCUCUCAUCCCAACUCCCAGAUGUCACUUCCUCAUGACAGCAUACACGCCCUUCACCGGCGACCAGGUCGAGCAAGCCAAGACGGUGCGCAAGACGACGGUGCUGGACGUGAUGCGACGCCUGCUCCAGCCCAAGAACCGCAUGGUGUCAACAGUUCCCGGAAAGAAGAGCUGCUACAUCUCGAUCCUGAACGUGAUCCAAGGCGAGGUUGACCCUACUGAUGUCCACAAGAGUCUGCUACGUAUCCGGGAGCGACGUCUCGCUACAUUCAUCCCUUGGGGUCCUGCAAGUAUCCAAGUGGCUCUGACGAAGCGGAGUCCUUAUAUCCCCAUGAGCCAUCGUGUGAGCGGCCUGAUGCUGGCCAACCACACAAGUAUUGCAACUCUCUUCAAGAGGAUUCUGAGACAGUACGAUGGUAUGCGGAAGCGCAACGCCUUCAUGGAAGGGUACAAGAAGACAGCCCCCUUUGCCGAGAAUCUCAACGAGUUUGACGAGGCACGACAAGUAGUUGCAGACCUGAUUGGAGAGUACGAAGCCGCCGAAGAUGCCGACUACCUCAACCCAGAUGCAGGAGAAAAGGCUACGUCGGCCGAGACGGAUCGACGAGUAGGCUAG